UUGCUCUUUUCUCCAUGCUGCGCGGUGUUUCUCCUCCAUUCUAUCGUCGUCCCAUCUCACCAAACUCUACUGUGUGUGUGUGUUCCAAGUUAUGGCUCCUACCAAAGCCGUUUGCGUGCUCACUAGUCCCUCCAGCAACGUCUCCGGAGUCAUCUCUUUCGUGGACGAGGGCUCUGGAUACACGACUGUGGAGGGAGAAAUUAAGGGAUUGAAUCCUGGCAAACAUGGAUUCCACGUCCAUGCGUUGGGGGAUACAACCAAUGGCUGCAUGUCAACUGGUCCUCAUUUCAACCCAAAGGGUUUUGAGCAUGGUGCUCCUGAAGAUGAAGUUCGUCAUGCAGGAGACCUGGGGAAUGUUAUUGCCGGUGAUGAUGGUGUAGCUAAAGUCUCUUUGAAAGAUUUCCAGAUUCCUUUGACCGGUGCAGACUCAAUCAUUGGCCGUGCUGUUGUCGUUCACGCCGACCCUGAUGAUCUCGGAAAAGGUGGACACGAGUUGAGCAAGUCUACUGGAAACGCCGGUGGCCGAAUUGCUUGCGGAAUAAUCGGUCUUCAGGCCUCAACUUAAAGUUGGAAUAAUGAUCACCAGCUGUGCCUUCGGAAACUUGUAUAUUUUCAACGCAGAAUAAGACGGAGAGAUCGGUUAUACGAAUCGUCAUAUGUUUGUGAGUGUGGAUAUCUAGUGAAUCUAAAACAUCGUUGUAACAAAUGUUUCAUCUUUUAUGGACUUCGGAAACUGAGGUCAAAACGCUUGUAGUGACGUACCCUGUCACCACAGUCUGAUUGAUUUCGGAGUUUGUUAGUUCUCAAUGAAAAUAUGAUUCAGCAUUGCAUUGGGUCA